AUGGAGACCCGAGCAGCCGUGGAGGGGGCGGGCCCAGGAGGGUGGUGUCCCAAAGGGCAGCUUUUGGAGAACUUGUGGGGGAAAUCUCCAGAAGCGGGAGCUGCAGCCCUAGAAAGAACUACGGGCCUCAUUGACAUCUGUGGAUGCUGGUGCCCCGAGACCCUGGCACUUCCCUCUAUUGAGGCCAUGGAGGGCCCCCUCUCUCGGACAGGUGGGCCCCCAGGACCUGGACCUUCUUCCUCCACAGGAUCUCCCCAGAGCUCAUCCCCUCCAAGGCUCACCCAUUAUCUUCUCAUUGACAUCCAGGAUGUCCCCUACACAGUGCUUGUGGGUGAGGAGUCACAGAGGGAGGCCAGGGCCAAUGGGAUUUCCGUUCGGAAAAAGGGCUACAGCUGUCCAGUGUGCUUUAGGGCCUUAGAGUACAUUUACCUUCAGCGACACAGCGUUACCCGUUUGGAGGUGGAGUCCUUCAAAUGCGACACUUGUGGGAAGGCAUUCAAGGGGGCCAGCCACCCUGAGUGGCACCACUCUGUUCCCCGGGCAGGUGGUGGGGUAGCCCUACAGCUGCUGCUCUGCCUUCGCCGCUUCCAGGAUGAGGGCGAGCUAGCUGGCCAGCACAUACGUGGACACUCAGCACGCCUGUUCCAGUGGCCGCUUUGCCCGCGCCGCUUUACCGAGCAGAACACAUAACAGAAGCAUACUCGGUGGAAGCAUCCAUGA